AUGACGUCACAGACUGUACGUGAGCGUCAGCCUCGCGCUCUCCUCUGCUCUCUUGUGUUUGGACGUUUCCCGCCACGUGUACCCACGCACCAUGCCUCUCCUGUGACCGAGGACUACGCUUUGUUUUGGCCUUCUCCCCCCACACCGAGACCCAGAAGAGACGCCUACAUCUCCAUGAUGGGACGAACGGACACGCCGCAAGACCGAGGCUGCUUGGUCGGGAUCAUCUUCUUCAUUCUGGGCCUGGGGACUCUGUUGCCAUGGAACUUCUUCAUGACAGCUUCUUUGUAUUUCCAGGGCCGCCUGAACACCACAGAAUGGAGCAAUGGGACGUCUGAGGUGAGAAAAGAGUACUACUUCAACAACUGGAUGACUCUGCUCUCCCAGCUGCCCCUGCUGCUCUUCACGCUGCUCAACUCCUUCCUGUACCAGAGGAUCUCAGAGAUGGUGCGCAUUGCAGGCAGCCUGGUCUUCAUCCUCAUCCUCUUCCUCAUCACUGCGGUGGUCGUCAAAGUGCCCAUGGAGGAGGACCGCUUCUUCUCCGUCACUAUGGCUACCAUCUGGUUCAUUAAUUCGUUUGGUGCCGUGCUCCAGGGCAGUCUGUUCGGUCUGGUGGGUCUGCUGCCUCAGAAGUACAGCGCCAUCUUCAUGAGCGGACAGGGCCUCGCCGGGACCUUCGCCGCCGUGGCCAUGCUGCUUGCCAUAGCCAGUGAGGCGGACUCUGAGACCGCGGCGUUGGGAUACUUCAUCACUCCGUGCGUGGGGACCCUGCUGACCCUCUUCAGUUACCUCCUGCUGCCUCGCCUGGAGUUUGCACAGUUCUACUUGGGCAGAAGCGGAAAGUAUGAAGCCGGAACCACAGACGAGCUGCUUAAAGAGAACAAGCCGCUGGAGAACGGGAAGUCCAACGGCUCCGUGGAGAAAGGAGACGGCUCCGCGACGCUGGAGCUGCAGUCCAGUCCCGACAAAAGCAAACAGGCUUUCCUCUCGCUGGAGACGGAGGAGCAGAGACCAGAGAAGGCCUCGGUCAUGGAGGUCUUCAAGAAGAUCUGGGUGAUGGCGCUUUGCGUGACCUUCGUCUUCACCGUGACUCUGUCCGUGUUUCCCGCCGUCACCGCUGACGUCAGGACCAUCUUCCCGGGAAAGUGGGAGAGAUUCUUCAUCUCCGUGUGCUGCUUCCUCACCUUCAACAUCAACGACUGGAUCGGCCGCACCGUGACCACGCUGGUCCAGUGGCCGGCCAAAGACUCACGUCUGUUCCCGGUCCUGGUGGUCUCCCGGGUGGUCUUCGUGCCUCUGCUGAUGCUCUGUAACGUCCAGUCUCGCUCCUUCCUCCCGGUUUACUUCCCUCAUGACGCUGCCUUCACCUCCGUCAUGGCCCUGUUCGCCCUCAGCAGCGGAUACUUCGUGUGCCUUUCCAUGUCCUACGCCCCGCAAAUGGUGGAUCCUAAAGACGCAGAGACGGCCGGAGCGCUCAUGACCUUCUUCCUGGCGCUGGGCCUGUCCAUCGGGGCAGCGCUCUCCUUCCCCCUCAGACUCUUGGUCUAA